GGCACGGAACGAAUCGCCCUGCCACCCGGUGACAUAUUAACUAAUCCCCAAGAGAGGUUGAUCGGGAUACAUGUUUCAUCACACGACAGGUUGAAUGGUAUAGUACGGGUAACUCUGAUGACGGAAUGUAUGCUUGCAAUCGUAUAAAAUGGAAGCGCGGUCCAUACGAUGUAGUUUGAUUCGGCCACCCGAAUCGUGAUAUUUCGUAUCCUUUCCGAUGGCCUUCCAAUUCAUUUGGAGUCUUUUCUCUCGCAUUUUCACAAUUUCCUUGCUUCUGUUGAUUUGUGCCGUCGUGUACCAGCUUUCAAUCUAUAUCUACAAUGUCUUCUUCCAUCCGCUUCGCAGGUAUCCAGGUCCACGCCUCUGCGCUGCAAGCUUCAUCCCGACCAUCGAGAAGAUGGUUGACGGCGAAGCGCAAAAAUGGAUAACUAAUUUGCACUCUCAAUACGGUGAGGUCGUUCGAGUUGCCCCGAACGAACUAAGCUACUCCAGCGCACAGUCAUGGAAGGACAUUUAUGGCCAUCGACGUGCCGGGGAGCCAGUAUUGACGAAACCCGACCGUUUCUACGAGUUUCCGGACUCGGUUCCUAGUAUCGUGAACGCUGGCGCGGCGGAUCACAGCCGUUUCCGUCGAGUCUUCUCCCACGCAUUCUCCGACAAAGCCCUAAAGCUGCAAGAACCAUUAUUCUUGGCAUACGUUGACAAGCUCGUCAAGGUCAUGUAUACCGCGGCGCAGAAGGAUUCCAAGCAUGUCUUCGAUAUGGUCCGGAUGUACAACUACACGACUUUUGACGUUAUGGGCGACCUUACCUUCGGCGAGUCGCUAGACAUGCUUGAUAUGGAAGGAUAUCAUCCGUGGGUAGCAGCGGUAUUUAGUAACUUCAAGUUUGGAGUCUAUCUCCACAGCAUCCGCUACUAUUCCAUCAUCGAGAAGGCAUUAUUUGGUAUGGUGAUGAGCCUGCUGCCGCCAUCACUGAACGAGAAAAGGAAACUGCACCACGAGUUCUCUCGUGCGAGGGUGGAUCGUCGCCUGGAGAAGAAAGAUGCUCGGCCGGAUAUCUGGGGACUCGUUCUCCAGAGAGACGGGGAGUCGGGGCUGACUCGCCAGGAGAUGUAUGAACACGGAAAUUUGUUUAUGAUUGCGGGCACAGAGACCACUGCAACCGCCUUGAGCGGGCUCACCUGGUACCUGCUCAAGAACCCCGACAAGCUGAAGAUGUUGACGGAAGAGAUUCGCGGCGCUUUUCCUUCGGAAGAUGACAUUACCAUCGAAAGGUUACAGGCGCUGAAGUAUCUCCAAGGUUGCGUUGAAGAGGGUCUUAGGAUGUAUCCUCCGAUUUCCAAUGGUCUGCCCCGAGUUGUGCCUCCAGAAGGCGUCACGAUCGAUGGAAAAACUGUGCCUCCUGGAACUAAUGUCUACGCCACCCAUAUUUCAGUGUACCGAAACCCUAACAACUUCCGGGACCCCUACUCUUUCAUCCCUGAAAGAUGGUUUUCUGACAAGUAUUCGGAAGACAAGAAACAUGCGUUCCAACCUUUCUCUUAUGGGCCCAGAAACUGCCUUGGGAAGAAUAUGGCUUAUCAUGAAAUACGGAUAAUCCUAGCGAAGGUGCUCUGGAACUUCGACCUCACGUUAUGUCCCGAGAGUGAGAACUGGGGAGAUCAGAAGACUUAUCUUAUGUGGGAUAAGCCGCAAUUACUGGUGAACGCUACACCAGCAGCACGCAAGGCAUGAGAUAUGAAUGGAUGUUUUAUUCUCGUAUUGUCCCUAUCUGUCUUAUUUAUCAGGAGACAGGUACCUUAUCUAUAUACAUG